UGGCUUGCCCGCAAACGUCACUCCGGGCCAGGCGGCUCCGCCCUUCUCAAGAUGGCGCUGUGCUCCGUGCGGAAGGCGCGUGAGUGCUGGAGCUUCAUCCGGGCACUUCACAAGGGACCCGCAGCUACUCCUGCACCCCAGAAGGACAGUGUGGAGCGAGUGUUUUCUGGCAUCCAGCCUACAGGAAUCCCCCACCUUGGAAAUUACCUUGGAGCCAUUGAGAGCUGGGUGAAGUUACAGGAGGAAUAUGACACAGUGUUAUACAGCAUCGUUGACCUCCACUCCAUCACCGUCCCACAAGACCCCAUCAUCCUCCAGCAGAGCAUCCUGGACAUGACUGCUGUUCUUCUUGCCUGCGGCAUAAACCCAGAGAAGAGUAUCCUUUUCCAGCAGUCUCAGGUAUCUGAACACACUCAAUUAAAUUGGAUCCUCACCUGUAUGGUCAGACUGCCUCGAUUGCAGCAUUUACACCAGUGGAAGGCUAAGGCUGCGAAGCAGAAGCAUGAUGGGACAGUAGGCCUACUCACAUACCCAGUACUGCAGGCGGCAGACAUUCUGUGCUACAAGUCCACACACGUUCCUGUCGGGGAGGAUCAAGUCCAGCACAUGGAACUUGUUCAGGAUCUAGCUCGAAGUUUCAACCAGAAGUAUGGGGAGUUGUUUCCAUUGCCCAAGUCCAUUCUCACAUCCAUGAAGAAAGUGAAAUCCCUCCGUGAUCCCUCUGCUAAAAUGUCAAAAUCGGACCCCGACAAACUGGCAACUGUUGGAAUAACAGACAGCCCAGAGGAGAUCGUGCAGAAAUUCCGCAAGGCUGUGACGGACUUCACAUCGGAGGUCACCUACGAGCCGGACAGCAGAGCUGGCGUCUCCAACAUGGUGGCGAUCCAUGCGGCGGUAUCAGGCCUCUCUGUGGAGGAGGUGGUGCGCAGGAGCGCCGGCCUGGACACUGCGCGCUACAAGCUGCUGGUGGCGGAUGCUGUGAUCGAGAAGUUUGCUCCAAUCAGGAGAGAAAUUGAGAGACUGAAAAUGGAUAAGGACCAUUUAAAGAAGGUUCUACUUGUUGGAUCUGCAAAAGCCAAAGAAUUAGCCUAUCCUGUGUUCGAGGAGGUGAAGAAAUUGGUGGGGAUUCUGUAGGAAAGUCAGCCAGUCACCUGCACUCCAGUCAAGACAACUUUCCUCUGGCAGAUUUUAGUCUGUACAUAUUUGGUUUGAUGAGUGCUUCCUUCCAAUCGAUGUUCCAAUUCCAUCAGCAAAUGCUAUUAUCAGGAGAGCUGAAGCAGGCUCAGCUCUCUGCACCCGAGUUAACUGAGGUGCUAUAUUUUGGGUCUUAAGUAUUCCCACAUACUUGACAGCUAAACAAUAACUGAGCUAUGAUGUGUCGCUGAAGUUUUUUCCGGUCUUGCCCAGCCCCACAGACCCCCUACAAGCCACUUAUAAAAUAAUCAUUCAGAAGCUUAUAUUAAUUAAAACUGCUUGGCCAUUAGCUCAGGCCUACCAUUGACUAGCUCUUACAUUUAAACUAACCCAUUUCUGUUCAUCUACAUGUUGCCACGUUUUUUUGUGGCUUUACCUGUGUGCCAUUACAUGCUGCUCCCUGGAUGGCAAGCUGGCGUCCUGACUCAGCCUUCCAGCCUUCCCACAAUUCUCCUUGUCUGCUUAUCCCGCCUAUACUUUCUGCCUGGCUACUGGCCAAUCAGCAUUUUAUUUAUCAACCAAUCAGAGCAACACAUUCACAGCAUACAGAGCGGUAUCCACAGCAGUGAUGUGUGCUUAUUUGUGCCAUCUUUACUGUGACAGGUGCACUUUGUCUAUCUCUAAACCCUUUGUAAAGCUGUACAUAGAGGUCCUAUGCUGUAAUCCUGAAUCUAGUAGUUUUUGGAGUUCUUCAAAACAGGUUUGCUGUGGAUAUCACUCUAUAUAAAUAAAGCACUGAUUGGCCAGUGACCAGGCAGGAAGUAUAGGCGGGACAAGGAGAGAGGAGAAUUGAGGAACGAGGAAGGAAAGGGAGACCAGCUGGAGCCACCGCCAAGACAAGGAAGAUGUAAAGUACCGGUAAGCCAUGAGCCACGUGGCAAAGUAAAGAUUAAUAGAAAUGGACUGAAUAUAAGAGUGAGAGCUAGACAAUGAUAGGCCUGAGCUAAUGGCCAAACAGUUUAAAUAAUGUAAGAGUCUGUGUGUUUAUUUUAUAAGUGGGCUCCGGGACUGGCGGGACUUGGCGGUGGGAGCUGGAGAAAAAUUCUCCAGCUACACAGGUUGAUUCUUACAGCUCAUGUGUCACUGAGAUGAUGUUUAUCCUCAAGUAUUUGAGUGACUUAACGUGGGCCAGCAAGGUGGCUCAGGCUCAAGUCUGACAGUCCGAGUCCAUCCUCAAGACCAGCAUGGUGGAAAGAGAAAAUUGACUGGCAAGUUGUCCUCUGACCUCCAUUUGUGCACCUUGGUAUAAAUACACACACACACACACACACACACACAACAACAACAACAACAACAACAACAAAUAAAUAAAAAUAUAAUAAUCUAAUACAAUAAUCUACCUAACUUCUGCUUGUUUUCCAAGAAGCCAUGCAGGCAUAUUCCAGCAAAUGUCGGUUCUUAAAUUCAGAGAUUCAGGAGGUCAGCAUCUGAGAGCUGUUGUAUUGCCUCAGUUUCAUUUACUUAUUAUUCAGGGCCAAGUUGUCAUCCUGUGUCCCGUCCUCCCCCCCACCCCCGCUUUUUUUUGUUUUUUGAGACAGGGUUUCUUUGUGUAGCCUUGGCUGUCCUGGAUCUUGUUCUGUAGACCAGGCUGGCCUGGAACUCAUAGAGAUCCUCCUGCCUCUGCCUCCAGAGUGCUGGGAUUAAAGGCAUGUGCCACCACUGCCUGGCUGGAUCGUGUUCUUAAUAAGCACUUUUAUUUUUAUACUCAUUUCAGUUUAGUCUCACCAACCCCUCCCUCUGGCACACAUUGGAGAGGAGUUACAUUUUACACAUAGUGGAACCAGGGGGCAGAAGGUAGAAUUAGCUCGCACAGCGUCACUAAGUAAGAAGCAGACCCAAGAGUGAAGCCCUUUCUCCCUACUCCCACAACAAGUGCUUUUUAACAAUUCGCCCCAAAGCCCUGAGAGCCAAAGUUUUGAACCUCUAAACAUUCCAGUUUUGAAGAUGGGUACUAGAAAGACAAAGCCUGAAAUAGUGAUUUUGUUUGUAUCAACUCAGCUAGUUGAUACAAACAGAACCUCAGAUGUGGGUCCCAAGACCUCGCUUCUAGAUGGCAGAGACGCCUCUUGUCUCUGCCGGACUCCAGUGGGAGCGAGGACUGAAGCCUCCAAUAUUACCAGUGAAGGGAAGCUUCUCAUCUUAUGUCUGCCCCAGUCUCUAGGCAAUAACAAACCACCCAGACAUAGAGCUGCACUUCCAUGUUCACACCUGAAGACAGAAAUGGCAGUCCUGGCUUGCACACUAAGGCCUCAUAUCAAGACUGAUUUUGCAAGGACCAGCAAGGUGGCUCAGCCGAAAAGGGUGUUUGAUGCCAACCAAGCCUGACUACCUGAGUUCAGUCCCUGAGAUUCACAUAGUAAAUGGAGAGACCUGGCUCCCCAAAGCAUUCUUUGACUUACACACACACACACACACACACACACACACACACACACACAAAGAGAGACAGAGACAGAGAGACCACAGUGGCAUACACAAGCCUGUCCACAUACAAAUAAAUGUUUAUUUUUUAAUUUUAAGAUUGAUUUCACAACGCACACCAUUGUCACCUAGACAACUGGGACUAGGAGACAUGGCAUCCCAGAGUCAAGAUUAAAACACAAACUUGACUCAGGGAAAAGAUACAUUUUACCUUUUUUGUUGUCGUUGUUGGGGUGGCAUGUUGUUUUCUUAAUUCAUUUAUUUAUUAGUGUGUGUAUUUGUGUGGGCAGGCUCAUGCCAAGGCAUGCUACACCUGGCCCGUUAUGUGCCACGAGGAAGGAGAGAGACAAACAUGGGUAUCAAAGAUUUUAUUAAAUCACCACGUAAGUGGAUCACUAAUCAAUCAGGGCUGCAGGACAGGGACUCAGAGCCUUGUUUCUCCUGACAGACCAAGGAGGGGCAGAAACAGGUUUAUAAGCAUGAAAAUCACAAAUAUUUGUUGCCAAGUUACGAUUAUAAUUUUCACCAAUCAGGAUUUAGAGAUUAGGGGCUUCCUUGAAUGUUCCAUCAUUGUCAACCUUUAUACAAUGCAAGCCUUUCAGUCCAGCCAAUCAGAUUUAUUUGUUCUUUUGGUGGUUAAGAACAGCCAUAAGGUUUCUAGAGAAAUAAAGAUGCUUAACAACUAUUUGUACGGUUUAGGGAGGAGGUUGAUCAGCCAUUGGAAAGUUCUCGGUUUGCCUAGGAACCUGAACUUUAUUUCACCCUACAGGGUAAAGUCUGAAGUCUAAAGUCAAAAUGGCAGUGCUUAAGCCAAGGUGCUUUUGCCUGCUCCCUUUGAUAUCUGUCAGGGUUGGAGGACCAGUUCUCUCCUUCCCCCAUGGGAGUUCCAGAGAUCAAAGUCAGGUCAUAAGGCUUAGCAUCAGGUACGUUUCCCUGUUGAGCCAUUUUACUGGCCCCUACAUUUUAUCUUUUAGAUCUUUGUCAGAGAUGUCUGUAAUCUGAGGGCAUCACUGGAUAUGUUUCUUCCAAGGAUCUUUUUACUUUCAUUUUAUUUUAAUUUUGUUUAAUGUGUGUGUGUGUGUGUGUGUGUGUGUGUGUGUGUGUGUGUGUGUGCGUGUGCGCGCGCACAUGGGUGCAUGAGCACAUGCUCAUGUGCGUAUACAUGCCACAGUAUAUGUGUGAUGUCAGAAGCCAAUGUGCGUGAGCUGGUUUUAUUCCACUGUGUGGGUCCCAGGGGUCAAACUGGACUGGCAGCAGGCACCUCUACCUGCUGAAGCGUCUCACCAGCACCUUUCACUUGCCCUGUUAAGGAAGCCUGUUAGGAAAACUGGAAAUUAUAUCUAUCAAACCAGUUGCCUGUUUAUCUGUGUGGUUUUUACCCCCUGGCAACACUUCUGUCUACCAAGAAUUAAAGACAACAUGGAAAAGAUCUCCAAAAGUGGAGGUGGGAGGAAGCAUUAGAACAGGAUAACCUCUGAGGAGCAAAGUCAGUGCACUGGUAGACUACAGUUGACUGCAUCCUGUUAUUUAAGACUCCUACUGCAUAAAAUGUAAAUUUGCCAUAAUCAUUAAGAUUCUUGCUCAAUGCAUUAGAGUUCUCCAAGGGAAAAAUCAAAUAGGACACAUAGAAACAGGGAAAAAAAAGAGUUUAUUGGGGGCUGGAGAAUGGCUCAGUGGUUAAUGGCAUAUACUUUUCUUGCCAAGGACAUGCAGUUUGUUUCCCAGUACCCAUGCUGGGCAGCUCACAACUGCCUGUAACUCCAGCUCUAAGGGGAUCUGAUAUCUCUGGACUUAGCGUGCACCUAUACUCAUAUGCACAUAGCAUACAUUUUCCUGAAAAAAAAUAAUUUGUUGUAUAGAUUGGUACAAAAACUGGAGAAAAAAGUCAAAAUCAUAAUAUGUUUAUUGUCUUCAAUCGAGGGAGUCGGGACAGUAGUGUGAUCCAGUCCAGAUUUAAAGGCUAAAUAAUCAGUGGUACACUCAGUCCAAGGCUUUCAGAACCUAGAGACUGGGAUGGGAGCUCCUGUGUAAGUCCCAGAGUCUGAAGGCCUGGGAACAAACUUUGGCAUUUCAGAAUGGACCAGCUCAAGAACAAGUUGGCCUUUCCCAAGUUUUUGAAGUUGAUUGGCUUCAAUGGAUUGGCUGGGGCCUGGCCACAUUGGCAAUGAUAAGUCUUUGUUUACUGACUCUGCUUCCAGUUUUUUCUAGAAAUAACCUUACAAUACACCAAAAAGGAAAAUAGGAAGUUUCACCAGCUAUCUAUGCAACACAAGCUGACACAUAAUGUCAACUGUUGCACCCAGUCAUCUCAAAAAGUUGAUAAAAGAACAAAGGCUACAACCUGGAUAUGUUUUUCACAUCUCUUCCCAUUUCAUUCACAAGCCCAGAAAAAAAAAUUUUUUUUUGAGACAGGGUCUCUACAUAGCCUUGACUGCCCUGGUCCACUAUGUAGACCAGGCUGGCCUUGAACUCACAGAAAUCCACCUACCUCUGCUUCCUGAAUGCUGGGAUUAAUGACUUGCACCACCAUGCUAGUCCAGAGAUCUUUUUUAAUAUAAAUGAAGAAUUGGAAAUAAAUACAACUAUGGUUGACUUCCAAAGGUAAUUUUGGUGGUUGUUUCCUAUUUCUUUGUGGAGAAUGUGAAUGGUAAAAUGUUUCAGAUAGUAGUGGUCAGGCAUCUUGGUGCUCUGUAAUUCUGCCUACUGACAAACACAAUGAGUAGGUUUAUCUUCACAGGCACUUCAUAAACAGUUAUCAGAGUAAUGUCAGCAAAUGGGCUAGAGACUUCUAAAGAAGUGUGAUUUCUGUCCUCCCCACCCCCCAAUCCUUUUUGAUGCUCACCAUAAGCAUGGUUAUCACAACACAACUACCAGCACUGUUGGGUUCUCACUGUCUAUUAGGCACCGUACUAAAUGUCUUCUUAAGACAAUAAGACAUUCCAUCACUGUAAUUAUAUAAAGAAAACUUUACUUACUUACUUACUUACUUACUUACUUACUUACUUACUUACUUACUUACUUUACAUCCUGACUGCAGCAGGCUCCCCUCUCUCCUUCCCUCCCCCUCUCUCCCCCUCUCUCCCCCUCUCUUUCUCUCCUUCUCCUCUCUCAAUCCACCCCUCUUUCAUAUUCACUCAGAAAGGGGCGGGCUUUCUAUGGGCAUCUGCAAAGCAUGGCAUACCAAGCUGCUGUAAGACCAAGCACCUCCCCCUGUAUUCAGGCUGGGCAAGGUAAUCCAGCAUGAGGAAUAGGAUCCCAGGGAUAGCCCUGCUCCCAUUGCCAGGAGUCCCACAAAUAGACCACUCUACACAACUGUCACACAUAUGCAGAGGGCCUAAGUCAGUUCCAUGCAGGCUCUCUGGUUGUUGAAAAACAUUUACUUUUAUUUUCUUUUAGUUUUGAGGUUUUAGUCCAUGAUUGGUUGGUCCAUUUUCUUUUGUGUUUGCCUCAGGACAGUGCAUCCAGACUACAUAUGACUAAGGCUGACAAUAAGCUAUCUGUCAUGGUUGGGAAGUGCACCCAGCAUUGUUCAGUUCCUGAUAAUGGUAGAGACAGGAUUCCAACACAACUUCUAAGGGGUAGAAUUAGGAUCCAGAGUCUUGCAAAGCCACUAGGUCCCCUUGCACAACAUGUUCUGGUACACAUGACUACUGUGUGCCCUAAAGACAACACUGUUGGAUAUUUCCAUGUAAAUUUAAAUUAAUUAAAAUUAAAUUUAAAAAUCG